UUCGGCAAACGCACACGUCCAUCAAUUCAGCUUUCAUUUGAACUAUCAGCACAUUGCAACCUAUCUUAUUUUUCGCAGUUCUAAAGCAAGUUCUGGUUUCUUUUAGAAAGAAACGUUGCCAAAAACGUUGUGUACUGCUUUAACUUCUGAUCUCUUUCCAUGCACAUUCCAUGAUGAUACCGCUGUGGCUGUUUUUAAGCGGCAUCGUUGCAGCAUUGUUGGCAGCUGUUUUUCUCCGCCGUCGCAACCCCAAAUUGCCUCCUGGACCCACUGGUCUCCCCGUACUCGGCAACUUGCUGAAUCUUGGCUCUAAUCCGCCGGAACAGCUGGCGAAAUGGUCGAAGGAAUAUGGCGGAGUGAUGUCGGUGCAGCUGGGCAUCCGGGAUAUGGUGAUGAUCACCGAUGCGGAUACGGCAAAGACGGUGUUUAACGAUGAAAAUACUGCCGGACGCGACCAGUACUUCAUUUUGAAUACCAUCUUAAAAGGCAAAGGUCUGGCCGCCAGUGAAGGGGAACUGUGGCGCGAGCAUCGCCGCUUUGCCCUGUCCACCCUUCGUGAUUUGGGCAUGGGGAAAACCUGGUUCGAAGACGACAUCCUGGAGAACAUUGGCAAUGUGUGCCAAAUCUUCCGUGAUCAUGCCAACCAACCGUUUGACCCCCACAGACAUCUGACCCUGGCCAUCUCCAACGCCAUCUGCGCCCUGGUUUUUGGCCGACGAUUCGAGCAUACCGAUGAAAAAUUCCUCCAUCUAUCCAAUCUCUUCGAGGAGAACCUGCGCAUCUUGAACGUCAUUGCGCCCAUCCAGUUCCUGCCGUUUUUGCGGUAUGUACCCUUUGGGAAAAUCCACGAUACCUGGAAUGAAUUCUUCGGGAAUGUGGGCGAGAUCCAGCGGUUCGUCAAGUGCCUGAUCGAAAGCCAUAAAUCGCGUCCGGAUUUCCAGUCAAAGAUUGAGGAGAAGGGGGAUUAUAUCGAUAAUUUUUUUAUCGUGCAGAAUCAGGAGAAAGCCAAAUCGGAUUCGACUUUUACGGAGGAACAACUGACCGUUUCACUGCUGAAUCUUUUUGCCGCCGGUACAAGCACCACCAAUUCGACAAUUUUGUGGGCCUUCAUUUACAUGGUUAAAUAUCCGGAAGUUCAGAAAAAGGUCCACGAAGAGAUUGACAACAAGAUCGGACGGGAUAGACCUAUUCGCAUGGAAGAUCGACCAUCUUUACAUUACUGUGAUGCGGUCACGCUGGAAGUGCAGCGCCUGGGCUCUGUGGCACCUAUGGGCGUACCGCACACCAACAUCGACGAGAUGAAGAUUAACGGCUAUGAAAUCCCGGCGCGCAGUCUCCUGGUACUGAACACGUACGCCAUGCAUCGUGAUCCGCGGUACUGGUCACAUCCGAAGGAUUUCCAUCCGGAGCACUUUCUGGACAAGGACGGCAGUGUGUUCAUUCCCAAAGGCUUCGCUCCGUUCGGCAUCGGGAAACGCUCGUGUCCCGGGGAAUCUCUGGCCAAGAUGGAAACCUAUCUGUUCUUCACCAACAUCAUGCAGCGCUUCAGUGUCUCCGCUGUGCCGGGCAAUGAGCCGGAUCCGAAUAAUUUUUCUGUCAGUUUCUUACGAACCCCAAAGCCUUACGAAAUCAUUUUCACGCCGCGCACUUGAAGUUUAACCGUGGUUUUAUUAAGGCACUACAGUUUUUGUUCCUUUACUGUUCCGUUCAGUUUGAUGAAGCUCAAACAAAGCUCGUUAGUAAUAGGUAUUGUGCUAUUCCAAGGAAUUCAUGCAUUCGCUGUUUCGGAUUAGUGAAUUACUACAAAUUUUAUGACUUUUGCUCUCUAAUACGUAGUGUAUUACAGAUACAGCAACGCUAGAAUGUGUGCCUUGGGGCAUCGACUGAGUGUUUUACUUACUUGCAAAUCAUUUUCGUGGUUUUCUUAGAUGGGCAAGGGAUUAAAAUAAAAUUACUCAU